GAGAUAUAUGUGUCACAUUGCUAAAGAGGGCAAUCAACGUCAUUCUGAGCACGAAAUGGCGGACGAUGGAGAUGGAACCAUAGGUCGGACGACAAACAUAGAAAACGAACUCCAAAUUGAUAGCGACAACAGCGACUUUGUCGACGCAGCCUCUUCAUUCGACGACCGCACGACAAUAGUAUCCUCCAUCAAAAACUACAAAUACGAAAAUGGCCGUCGAUACCACUCCUUCCGAGACGGCGAAUAUUUGCUUCCUAACGACGAGCGAGAACAAGAACGUCUCGAUCUACUCCAUCACACAUUUCGACUUGUCCUUAGCGGGGACUUGUAUCGAGCACCCAUACAUAACCCCGUCCGAGUUUUGGAUUUUGGUACGGGUACUGGGGUAUGGGCCAUUGAUUUUGCGGAAGAGAAUCCCAGUACGGAGGUAUUAGGCACGGAUCUGAGUCCUAUUCAACCUUCGUGGUUCCCCUCGAAUUGUCGGUUUGAGGUUGAUGAUGUUGAGAGUGAAUGGUUGUAUGGGUAUCAGCCCUUUGACUACAUCCACGGCCGGGGCAUGACGGGUUCGAUACGUGAUUGGAAGAAACUAUUUAAUCAGGCAUACGACAAUCUCAAACCAGGGGGAUGGCUAGAGUUGCAAGAAUACGAAAUCGAGUUCUCGUCGGACGACGGCUCGCACCACAAAGCCAAAAAUUUCAUUCUGUGGAAAAACAAAUUGAAUGAAGCCAGUGAGAUAUUUGGGAAACCGUAUAGUGAUUACUCGUUACAUAAACAACGCAUGGAGGAAGCUGGGUUUGUCGAUGUUGGCCAGGAUUCAUACAAGGUCCCAAUGGGCCCCUGGCCCAAAGACAAACGCAUGAAGGAAAUAGGCAAAUUCCAACUAUACCAAAUGCUCGAAGCAGUCGAACCUUACUCCCUGGCUGUAUUCGCACGCGUACUGAAAUGGAGCAAUGAGGAUACACGCGAUUUGAUUGAGAAAGUGAAGGCGGAAAUCUGCAAUCCGCAGUUUCAUAUGUAUUCUCUGUUUAGUUCUAUAUAUGGACGGAAACCGGAGGUUUGAUCUGUCUGAGAACUUUGCGCAUAUAUAUAGCCUUCCUAGGUUGUGGGAGGGAAUUUGCUUGCAUAUAUUAAUGGAGUUCGUGCACAUUCUGGAUUCCCUUCUUGUCUAGGCAGUCCAGACAUACAAAUGAUCGAUCGUUA